AUGUGUCAUAAGAUGAUGGAUAAAUUUCAACAAAGAUUACAACUUCAUAAUAACAAACCAUUCUUUAAAACUUGUGUUUAUUUCUCAAAUUGGUCUGUGUAUCAAAAGAAACAUUUCCCUCAAGAUCUCCCAAUUGAUUAUUAUACCCAUAUUUUCUACGCUUUUAUUCUUAUUGAUGAACAGACAGGUAAAGUUAAAUUUAGUGAUGAAUGGUGUGAUUUACAAAUGCCACAGCCUAAACCUAAUGAAUGUAAUCUCGGUAAUAUCAAACAAUUUAAUGAAAUGAAGAAAACCAACAGAAAUUUGAAACUUAUAAUGUCUAUUGGUGGUUGGGGGACUUGUCAUUUAUUUGAAUCUAUUGUUAAAGAUGAUAAGAAAUUUAACAAUUUUGUCACUAGUUCAAUUGAAUUUGUUGAAAAGUAUGGAUUUGAUGGAAUUGAUUUAGAUUGGGAAUAUCCAAAGAACUCACAUGAUGCUGCUAAAUUUGUUGAAUUGUUGGCAACAAUAAGAAAACAUUUAGAUUCUAAAUAUUUAUUAACCAUAGCUGCUCCCGGUGGUAAAGAUAAUAUUGAUAUUUUACAUGUGUCAGAAAUGGAUAAAUAUUUGAGUUUUUGGAAUUUGAUGUGUUACGAUUUUGCUGGUGAAGGAUGGUCUUCUAAAACAGGAUUUCAUUCUAAUUUGUUUGGUGAUAAUGGUGAUAAUUGUUUGAAUGCAUCUGAUAUAGUUCAAUCAUAUAUUCAAAAAGGUGUUCACCCUUCAAAAUUGAUUUUGGGAAUGCCAUUGUAUGGACGAGUUUUCCACGGGGUUGCAAAACCUGAAAUUGGGAUUCCGUUUACUAAAGAAAGAGCUCCUGGUUGUGUUGAAAAUGAUAUAAUUGAUUAUAAGAAUAUUGAUGAUGGUUUUGAUGUUGAGCUUUUUGAUUCGAGAAAAGUUGGUGCUAUAAAGUUUGAUUCAAAAAGAAAGCAACUUGUCACUUAUGAUAAUCAUCAAUCUGCUGCUAUCAAAGGAAGUUAUGUUCGUCUGAAUAAACUUGGAGGAGGUAUGUGGUGGGAUUCAGCUGGUGAUGUAGCAAAUGAUAGAUCAUUGGUGAAGCAUUUCGUUGAUCAACUUGGAGGAAUAGAAGUUCUUGACAAGUCAGAAAAUAACAUCACACAUUGCUAG